UUUUUUUUUUUUGGUUCUUUUUUUUCGGAGCUGGGGACCAAACCCAGGGCCUUGCGCUUCCUAGGCAAGCGCUCUACCACUGAGCUAAAUCCCCAACCCCCACUAGAAGCUUUUUAUGGCCACUGCUAACCUCCUGUGGGCAUUUGUAAGCAAGGGUCCUAAGUUUCCCAUUGCCACAGACAGCCCUAGCAGUAAAUCCCUGCAGACAGCCUGAAGCCCCUACCUGGAAAAUUUCUUCAGUAUCAGAAGGGGUUCAAGGAGAUGCUGAGGCCACUGUUUAUUUGGACAUGAGCAGAAGUUCUUCAGAGUAUCCCAGGUCCAGUACGCCUGCCCAUCUCCCUAGGAUUCAGAGCCCCUUAUGGAUCAGAGCAUUUGUCCUUGUCCUGAUCACCCGCCUUACUGCCCCAUCCCUUGGCUUAUUUCAGCACCACGCCGCGGACAGCUCCCGGGCGCUAGCCUCUUGGAGGAGGAGCGUUGAGCUGUGGGAGAGGGAGGACUAGAGAGGGAGGGGAGGGCAGACACUGGAGGACGGGCGGGGCCCCGACAGCCCUCCCCGGGGGCGGCGCCCACCCUAGCCCGACGCUGUUGAGCCCCAGAACUGCCGGAGACGCCAGGAGCCAGGGCGCGAGUAACUCCCAGCAAGUGCUGUUACGGAAAGAUGCCAGUCCGCAGGGGCCACGUUGCUCCCCAAAACACUUACUUGGACACCAUCAUCCGCAAGUUUGAAGGCCAGAGUCGGAAGUUCCUGAUUGCCAAUGCGCAGAUGGAGAACUGUGCCAUCAUUUACUGCAACGAUGGCUUCUGCGAACUCUUUGGCUACUCCCGUGUGGAGGUGAUGCAGCGGCCCUGUACUUGUGAUUUCCUCACGGGCCCGAACACUCCAAGCAGUGCUGUGUCCCGCUUGGCUCAGGCCCUGCUCGGGGCUGAAGAGUGCAAGGUGGACAUCCUCUACUAUCGCAAGGACGCCUCCAGCUUCCGCUGCCUGGUGGAUGUGGUCCCCGUGAAGAAUGAGGACGGGGCAGUCAUCAUGUUUAUCCUCAAUUUCGAGGACCUGGCCCAGCUUCUGGCCAAGAGCAGCAGCCGCAGCCUGACCCAACGGUUGUUGUCACACAGCUUCCUGGGUUCUGAGGGCUCUCACAGCAGGCCGAGUGGACAGGGGCCUGGCCCAGGCAGGGGCAAAUACAGAACCGUCAGCCAGAUUCCGCAGUUCACACUCAACUUCGUGGAGUUCAACCUGGAGAAGCACCGCUCAGGCUCCACCACGGAGAUUGAGAUCAUCGCUCCGCACAAGGUGGUGGAGCGGACACAGAAUGUCACUGAAAAAGUCACCCAGGUCCUGUCCCUAGGUGCAGAUGUGCUGCCAGAGUACAAGCUACAAGCACCGCGUAUCCACCGAGGCACCAUUCUGCACUACAGCCCCUUCAAGGCCGUGUGGGACUGGCUCAUCUUGCUCUUAGUCAUCUAUACAGCGGUCUUCACGCCCUACUCUGCCGCCUUUCUACUCAGCGACCAGGACGAAUCACAGCGCGGUACCUGUGGCUAUACCUGCAGCCCGCUCACCGUGGUGGACCUCAUCGUGGAUAUCAUGUUUGUCGUGGACAUCGUCAUCAACUUCCGAACCACCUACGUCAACACUAAUGAUGAGGUGGUCAGCCACCCACGACGCAUCGCUGUCCACUAUUUCAAGGGCUGGUUCCUCAUUGACAUGGUGGCUGCCAUCCCCUUUGACCUGCUUAUCUUCCGCACUGGCUCAGAUGAGACCACCACCUUGAUUGGGUUACUGAAGACGGCGCGCCUCCUGCGGCUGGUGCGCGUGGCCCGGAAGCUGGACCGCUAUUCUGAAUACGGGGCCGCGGUACUCUUCCUGCUCAUGUGUACUUUCGCGCUCAUUGCGCACUGGCUGGCCUGUAUCUGGUACGCCAUCGGCAACGUGGAGCGACCCUACUUGGAGCCCAAGAUCGGCUGGCUGGACAGCCUGGGUGCACAGCUUGGCAAGCAGUAUAAUGGCAGCGACCCAGCCUCAGGACCCUCUGUCCAGGACAAGUAUGUCACCGCCCUCUACUUCACCUUCAGCAGCCUUACCAGUGUGGGCUUUGGCAACGUGUCACCCAACACCAACUCUGAGAAGGUCUUCUCUAUCUGCGUCAUGCUCAUUGGCUCCCUUAUGUACGCCAGCAUCUUUGGCAACGUGUCGGCCAUCAUCCAACGCCUGUACUCGGGCACUGCCCGCUACCACACGCAGAUGCUGCGUGUCAAGGAGUUCAUCCGCUUCCACCAGAUCCCCAACCCACUGCGGCAGCGCCUGGAAGAGUAUUUCCAGCACGCCUGGUCCUACACCAACGGCAUUGACAUGAACGCGGUGCUGAAGGGCUUCCCUGAGUGCCUGCAGGCGGACAUCUGCCUGCACCUGCACCGCGCUCUGCUGCAGCACUGCCCCGCCUUCCGGGGCGCCAGCAAGGGGUGCCUGCGCGCGCUCGCGGUCAAGUUCAAGACCACGCACGCGCCGCCUGGGGACACGCUGGUGCACCUGGGCGACGUGCUCUCCACGCUCUACUUCAUCUCCCGCGGCUCCAUCGAGAUCCUGCGCGAUGAUGUGGUCGUGGCCAUUCUAGGGAAGAAUGACAUCUUUGGGGAGCCUGCCAGUCUUCAUGCCAGGCCAGGCAAAUCUAGCGCAGAUGUGCGCGCCCUGACCUACUGCGACCUGCAUAAGAUCCAUCGAGCAGACCUGCUGGAGGUGCUGGACAUGUACCCUGCCUUUGCAGACACCUUCUGGAAUAAGCUGGAGGUCACCUUCAACCUGCGGGACUCUUGUCCUUUGCACGUGAUUCUCCUUAUGGCCAUUAUCUUAAUGAAUAAACCGACCACCAGAGAGGAUGGGGGUCUCCAGUCAACACCCCGACAGGCCCCAGGCCACCAAGACCCCCAAGGCUUCUUCCUCAAUGACAGUCAGUCAGGUGCCGCCCCUUCCUUGAGCAUUUCAGACACAUCUGCACUUUGGCCUGAAUUGCUACAGCAAAUGCCCCCAAGUCCCCCAAACCCACGACAGGACCUGGAUUGCUGGCCUCGGGAGCUAGGCUUUAAGUUAGAACAGCUCCAAGCCCAGAUGAACAGAUUGGAGUCCCGUGUGUCAUCAGACCUCAGCCGCAUCCUACAGCUGCUUCAGCACCCGCAGGGUCGCCCCAGCUACAUCUUGGGAGCCUCUGCCUCCAGUGACCUGGCCUCAUUUCCUGAAACUUCAGUGACUCGGAGUUCAGAGUCUACACUUCUGGUGGGACAUGUGCCCUCUGCUCAGACCCUAAGCUACGGUGACUUGGACGACCAUAUUCAGACACCCAGGAAUUUCUCCCCCAGGACACCUCACGUGGCCAUGGCAAUGGACAAAACUCUGGUGCCAUCCUCAGAACAAGAGCAACCUGGGGGUCUCCUGUCACCUCUAGCCUCACCUCUGCGUCCCCUGGAAGUACAGGGACUGGGUGGUUCCCGCGUCCCCUCCCUCCCUGAACACCUCAGCUCAGUUCCCAAGCAGCUAGAGUUCCAGAGACACGGUUCCGAUCCUGGAUUCACAAGGAGUUAGGGCCUUUAGACCCCAGGGUAAAAGCUACCAUGAGGGAAUUUAAGUACAGUGAGGUGAGAGUUAAGCCCCCUUCGGGGGAGGGCCAGGCAGCUCUCCCAUAAAACUCUGAAAACCAUUUCCUCAGAGAAACUGUAGACCGCUGAGCCAGUGACCAGGAUGAUCUGAGCAAAGAGGCUCAGGACUUGGCCCGGGCUCCUUGGGACCCCUGUAGUCAGCAAGCCAGGCAGAGGUUUGCUCAGAGGUAGCUUACAGGAUGCCAGUGGAGAAUACAGAUGCUUCAGAUCUCUGGGAGGGUCUUGCUUGGGGCCGCAUGUGGUUGGCUCCCAGCUCAGAACCACCUUCUGCCUCAAAAGCCCAGACCCAAGGCCAGGUUUGACCAGACCUUUACCAAAAGCCUCUAUCUAAUAUGGCUGGAAUUAGAGGUGUCCUCUGUGGUGGACAUAAAAGACAGGGAGCUGCAGCCCUCAGCCCCUCUUCCCCUGAGACUCUCAUAACAGUAUCUGGGACAUGCAGACAUAGCUAAUAAAGUCUUGAACAUUUCAUGUUGGGUUAGAUGUGUAAUUUUCCUAGAUAUCCUCAGGUCUGUGCCUAUGCUGAGGCCUUCUCCAAACCCUUCCCACAUCCAGUCUGUUGGAGACGUGAGGGUUGUCUCAGCUGAGCUCAGGGUUUCCAAAGCCUGAAGGGAAACAGAUUCAGCCUAAGUGUUCAUAAAGAAUCAUGGCCACUUUCAGUGUUUGUUCAGCAUUCCACCAUUCUGUCCUGCACAUAGCUGUUCUGUUAACCCUCGAAAGAGCCUUAGGAAAUCAUUUUUACUGUCCUCAUGAGAGGUCUUGGGUUGGUAGCAGAGUCUGUGGCACUUAGCAGAGCAUGAGCAAGCCUUCCGGGCAUGUCAGUAUUUGCUUUCUGGCGAUAUGUAUAUGAAUGUGUGCUGGUUGGAAAAACAUGCGCACCCCCAUAUGUAAAUGAUAUUUCAAUAAAAAGGUAAACUUAGCACACUAGAAAA